CGAGAGGACCCCUCUGGAACUUCCUUUCAAUUACUUGCUCUUUUUCUGUCUUUUUUUCUCAUAUUUAACUUGUAUCAUCCCCCUUUCCCCUCUUUUAUCUUUUUUUGCAUACAUUCACAAACGAUGAAGUUUUCAACGUCAGCAUGCUUGUUAUUUGCACUUGUCCUUUUACAGAUAUCCGCCAUAGUCACAGGCCAGCUACUGGGUGGCGACGGUGGUCUUCUAGGAGGCGACAGCAGCGAAAGCAGUGCUGGUGGCGACAGUGGCGGCGCAUCAGCUACGCAAGAAGAACAGCAGCCAUCAAAUACUGAAAAUUCGUCGCAACCUAGCGAAAGUGCUGCAGCCCCAGCAGAAUCCAGCUCUGGUGGCGAUAACAAUAACAAUAGCGACGCAGCAGCGCCAACCGAGUCAUCCUCUUCCUCCGAUAAUAACAAUAAUAACAAUAACAACAAUGAUAACAACAACAACAACAACAGCAACAAUAACCAAGCAACACCCACAUCAUCUUCGGACAGCAACAAUAGCAAUGACAACAACAAUCAGAACGGUUCCUCGAGCAGUGGAAACAAUAGUAACAGCAACAGCGGUAGCGGUGACAGCAAUAACAAUGGUAAUAACAAUAACAGCGAUGGCUCUUCAUCCGGUGGCACUUCCUCCAACGAUUCUGGAUCAUCUUCGGACACGCAUGGUGGCAGCAGCGAUAACAGCAACAACGACGGCGGUGGUGUCGAUACUGCCACGGUUGCUGGCUCAGUCGUCGGUGGUGUUGUUGGUAUCGCUUUGAUUGGCGGAAUUAUCAUGUGGAUCAGUCGACGCGGUGGAUGCACAAAACGCACAGGUCGUAGCCGACGAGACGGGUUCCAACAACACCAUCAGCCGGAUGACUUUAUGGACAUGUCUGAUGCCUCCUAUGCAGCACCUGCGCCUAUCGCUGCCUCGCAUUUAAACCAACAGCAAGCUCGACCUUUCAUUCCACCCACCUCUUCUGCGGGCACUGAUGGUGUUGGUGGUGGUUAUACCGACUUGACUUCUGUCGUCACAUACAACGACACUCCUUAUACCUAUUCCGAUCACCCACAACAACAAGAGUACUAUCCCUAUGUCCAGGCACAGGAUCCUGGCUAUAUGGCAGCGGCUGCAGCAUCUGCACCACCCGUAGCGGCGGCAGCAAUGGCUCCGGUUGUUGCUGGCGCUGGCGCUGGCUCAAAACCCGAUGAAGUUGAUGUUCAGUACAAACCCAAUGCAGCAUAAUUUGCACAUGUAUCUAUUUUGUAACAUAUAGACAACAAAAACAAUCAAUAAAGUUUACCAUGUGCCCUAGCUCCUCGGGCUUCAUCGUAC